AUGGACAAUUACUUGUGUGAGCUAUAUGAACGAGCAAUACUAAAGCACAAAGGUCAGAAACACAAUGCCAAAGGUCCAGAGAAGACAUUUGCAGUCCGAGAGAACAUUAGGAACUUUCUUGAUGACUAUCAAGCAAAAAAUGGCCCAUUAUCCACAUAUGGUAAUGAUGUUAAACAAUACCAGUUUGACCUGCAAGAAAUAACCCCACCAAUAAUGCUGCACAAAGUGUCAUUUUCUGCAGGUAAAUCAUUGUUGCAUGAUAUGCAACAAUUGCAAGAUCCUUCACCCGAAGUGCAACAUGCAAUGUCCUAUGGUGUGCCUGUGGGACAUAUGGAUAGAAAGAUGUUCUCUGAUACCAUCAUUGCUGAUGUUAACAGGUUUUUUACACGUUCUGGUAUUCAUGUGCAAGCUAUGCCAAAUCAAUUGAUGUCCAUAAAGCAUCUAGCCAUCAAGGAUGCAGUUGGUGAUACAGAUCAAAUAAGCAUAGGGACUGUCUGCAAAAUUGGUUCAGCAGAUGAAGAUUGGAUUAUGGAGAUUUCUGACAUCUUCCAAGUUGGACCAGUUGAUGGUAAAUAUUUUAUUUUUGUGAAUGGCAAGUACUUCAUCCCAACCCUAAAACAAUGGAAAUGUGAUCUACCAUCCUUGGACACAGACACCACAACUUAUUGCAAGGAACUAUGUAAGGGACAGCAUUCAGCCAACAUGCAGAAUUAG